GCUGAGCGUUGAAACUACGUUUUCUUGGCUCUUGAUUUUGAUUUUUUUUAAGAAGAAUUUGAAGUACCUGAACACCUUGGGAAAGCAAAAGUGGAGCUAUUUGCAUCAAUAGUUUCCUUAUCCAAUAAUUUGAACAUUCCCAUUCUCAAGCUCACUUUUGGGGAUGACUAUUUGAUAAAAUGGCAAGACAAAGUAAUACCCUUUUUCUUGAACAAUGGUUGAGAACUAAUGUUGGUGGCAUUAACCAAACUGUCUCCGGACAUUCUUCUUCGUCGUCUUCUUCAUCUGCCCGUGCCAUCAUCCAAGCCUGGUCUGAGCUCAGAGAUUCACUUCAGAACCAAACAUUUCAUCCCCGUAUCCUCCAAUCAUUGAAAACCCUCCUUAACUCGCAAGCUUCUCUCCACGUUGCCGAUCCUCAAGCCAAGCUUCUUAUAUCUGUACUUUCAUCCCAAAGUUUCGAUCUUUCUUCUGAAUCAUACCCUAUCUUGCUCAGGCUUCUUUAUAUUUGGGUCAGGAAGUCUGUCAGGCCAUCUGUUGCGCUCAUUGAUUCAGCUGUGGAUGUCAUAUCUAGUAUUUUUGCUACUGAAUAUGGUUCGAAGAAAAGCCCUUCUUUUCUUGCUGAAGGUAUUCUUAUUUUAGGGGCCAUUUCAUUUAUGCCUUCUGUGUCUGAAAACUCAAAAAUAGCGUGUUUGGAGUUGCUUUGUAGGCUGUUGGAAGAAGAUUACGAGUUGGUUAGAUUAGGAGAAGAAAUUAUCCCGGAUGUGCUGGCUGGGCUCGAAUAUGCAUUAUAUUCUUCUGUGGAUGUGCUUCUUGUUAGAGUUUUGAAUUCUUUGCUGGGAAUUUGGGGAAAGGAAGAUGAGCCUCGUAUUACAGUUCCUACUGCUCUAAUGAUCUUGCAUUUGGUUGAAUGGGUUGUUUCUGGUUACAUAAAAUCACGUUCCCUUAACAAAAUUGAAGCCUUUUCACAGCGGACUUUGGGGACUUUGGAGGUGAGCUAUGUUCCAUUUGCUCUUGUUAUGGUUGCGGCUGGAGUAUUGAGAGCUAGUAGAAAUGCAGCCAAUGGCCAAGGGCUAGAGUUUGUUUCCGUACUACGGAUUUCUGCAGAAAGUCGGAUAGCCUUUGUAGCACAACAGUUUAUUUCUAAAACUAAAGGAUCUAUAAAAUCAGAUGAUGAGCCCGCAAAUAGUCUUCUUCGACAAUGUUUGUCAUUAGCCUUGGCUCGAAGUGGUGCAGUGUCAUUCUCUGCCCCUGUGCUUCUGUGCCUUGCAUCGGCAUUGUUAAGGGAAAUCUUUCCCCUAAGGCACUUAUAUAUGCAGAUUCUCCAGUUUAUCCAUAGUAGUGGGUCUGAAUUUGGGAUCAAUGAGAUUAAAAGACAUCUAGACGGCAUUCUUUUUAAGGAAGCAGGUGUCAUAACUGGUGUUUUCUACAGAUGAGGAGAGCAAAAGUUUUUUGGAGAGUCUUAUAUGGGACUACUGUCGGGAUGUUUACUCUGGUCACCGACAGGUUGCUCUGUUUCUUAAUGAAAGAAACAAUGAGCUAGUAGUUAAUUUGGAGAAAAUUGCGAAAUCUGCUUUUCUUAUG